AUGUAUUUUAUUAUUAUUAUUUUGGAUAAUGAAACAAAUGAUUCGGUUAAGUGGCAGCAACACUUGUCGUUGCUCAGGAAUCAGUAUGUUCAUCUUCAUACUGCUAAUUCUGAGUUGCAGCAAAAAUAUGCCAUUGCAACUGCUUCAAAACAGGAAUCUGGAUUUAUUGAGAGGUUAUUGGCGACGAUCACUUCACUUUACGGUCAGAAACAGUACAGUGAUUUGACUAUUAAAUUAGUCAACAAUGAACUGCCAGCGCAUAAAUUUGUCCUGAGUGCAAGAAGUGAUUUUUGGAGCGAAAGUUCUCUAGCAAAUAUUUCACUACUAGACUGGAGUUAUUUAGACGGAGACGCAGGUUCAAUUCUUUUAAAAUGGAUCUACACCAGCACAGUAGAAAAAGAGAACCUAACACUAGAGCUCAUGAAAGCAGCCUCUAAUUUCCAAUUAAAAGAAUUAGUAGAGCAAUGUGAAACAUAUUUAAUAGGAACAGAUGACUUGACCGGAGAUGACUUUAAAGAAAUGCCGGGUCCUCUUUUGUACGAGCUGCUGAAAACAAAGAGCGAGUUUCCUCUUCACUCUGCGGUGAGACUCGAGCGGGAGGAUGUUGUCUUCUUGUAUUUAGUUGAACACAAUGCAGAGCUUUCAACAGUAGUAAACGCAGUGGACCACAAAGGCCGCCGAGCCUUGGAAGUAGCUCUAAAAUCCCGCCAACCAUCUCUCGCCCGCACCCUCGUGGAGCACCAAGCGGACCUGAACUUGAAAGACUCCGACGGCUUGACCCUUCUCCAAUCCUCAAUCUUCAAAGGCGACUCCUACUCCGCGGAGUUUCUAAUCGAGCAGCUCGAAAACAGCGGAUCAUGCCAGCGGCUUUGCGACCCUCUCAAACUCUCCGCAUCCUGCUCUGACUCCCUAAAACCCUACGAAGGAGGCACAGUUCUGCACCUAGUCUCCCGGCACAAGGCCCCUGACAUGCUCUUAAUCUCCACGAAACUCCUCCAAGCCGGAAUCAACUCGAACCUCCAAGACUCCCGUGGCUGGACUCCCUUACACUGGAGCAUCCAUUCCAACCACGAACCACUCUUCUCGCUGCUCCUAGACUCCAAGACCAUAGACCUCGAUUUAACCACCUCAGAAGGCCACUCUCCUCUAUCCUUCGCCCUAAGAUCCGAACCUUGCCUAAAAACCUUCGCGGAAAAACUCUUAUCCCGCGGCGCGAAGCCUAAUUUAACUUAUAAUCCCUCUAAAAACACUCUUUUGCACCUUCUGGCCCAAGAAGGAAAAGAAGAAGCGGCUCUUUUUCUCCUAAAGCACUCUAAAGAUGAAAAUCUUACUAAAAAAACCAACAUUGAUGGUCUUACAGUUCUCCACGAAGCUUGCAAAGCAGGAUUAGCUGACCUAGCCAAGCUUCUUCUUGAAAAAGACGAAUCUUUUUCCACAAUUGCAAUUACAAAUGCCAACCAAGUCCCGUUGCACUUAGCAGUCAUCAACCUUCAUUACCCAGUCGUCCAAACUCUGUUACAAUUUUCCAAAAACCCAAAAGACCAAUUAGAGUGCAAGGACCAAGAAGGAGAGACUCCGCUUAGCUUAGCAAUAAAAGCUCCUUUAAAACGAGGCAGAGAAAUAGUCGAAGCUUUGAUUUCCGCUGGAGCGAAUAUCAACGAAAAGAAUGACAAAGGCUUAACAUUGCUCCACCAAGCUAUCUUAAAGGAAGAUUCAGCUACUGCAAUUUUCUUGCUGGAAAACGGCGCGGAUAUGAAUGCUAAGACUCUAGAAGGAGAGACUCCGCUUCAAUUGAGUGUACAUUGUCGCCUUGGAGAAGUUGUUGAAGCUCUGUGCCGUAGAGGAGUCAAUACUUCAGUAGGAUGUCCCUUGUGGGAUGCUUUGGACAGUGAUCAAGAAGACACUGCUUCUAUAUUAGUGACUCAUGGAGCUGAUACUGAUUGCUGGAGCCCGGGGCCUGAUAAUUGUCUUCAAACUCUGUUGCAUAGAGCAAUUGAUGAUAACAAGGAAGAAAUUGCGCAGUUUUUGAUCAGAAGUGGGUGUGAUUUAAAUGCGACCAGGAAAUUGGGGCCCAACGGGGAGGGCGGGGAUGAAGCUAGGGAUAAUUGUACCCCGCUGCAUCUGUGUUGUCAAUGGGGACUGGAGCAGGUAGUCCAGACUUUGGUGGAGCAUGGAGCUAAUGUCAAUGCUAGGGAUGCUGAAGGAAAGACUCCGAUUCACAUCGCAAUUCAGAACCAACAUGCUGAGAUAAUUGCACUGUUGCUUUGUCAUCCGAAUUUGGAUCUUUCUUUGAGGGACAAAAAGGGACUGAGUCCGUUUGCAACUGCGCUGACUGUGAGGAAUAAUAAAGCCGCUCAGGCGAUCUUGGAAAAGUUACCGAGCGCUGCGGAGCAGUUUGAUAAUAAAGGGAGGAAUUUCUUGCACAUGGCUAUUCAAAAAGGGGACAUGGAGAGUAUUUUGUUUUUAUUGUCGAUACAGGUGGAUGUUAAUUCGAGGGUCCAGGAUGUAACUCAGACUCCGCCGUUGCACCUAGCCGUGGGCUCGGGGAAUGAAAUGUUGGUGAGGAGUUUGAUUUUAGCCGGGGCGAGGAUCAAUGAUACGGAUGCUCAUAGGAAUACGGCUUUGCAUGCUGCUGCCAAGGCGGGACAUGCCGCGGUUGUGGCGGCGUUGUUGCAGAAUGGGAUUAAUUUUGAUGCGGUUAAUACUGAUGGGGACAAUGCGCUGCAUGUCGCGGUGCGCGAGGGACAUGUAAGUGUUGUUAGGACUCUGUUAACGGAGUGCACGCUUGAUGCCGAGACGGUUAAUCUUAAGGGGAGGAAUCCGCUGCAUGAACUUGCGAGGUGUGGCAGAGAUAAUGCCGCGACUAUUUGCGAACUUUUUUUGGAAUGCUGAUGGUAAUACUCCACUACUGAUAGCUUACAUGAAAGGGAACGGAAAUCUCUGCAGAACUCUUGUCAAAGCUGGCGCGUGUCUCGGUUCAAUGAACAAAGACGGUGUCACGAUAUUUAAUUAUCAAGUGGCUACUAAACAAUUACUAUAUCGAUUACUCGAUUCAUUGACUCAAGAAGCUCCUUGGGCGGAUAAAGAUAUCUGUUUAGAGUGCGGGACUAAGUUUUCUUUGACUAUGAGGAAACAUCAUUGCCGUCAUUGUGGGAGGAUAUUAUGCAGUAAAUGUUCUGGUCAAGAUGUGCCAAUAUUAAAGUUUGGACUAAACAAACCCGUCCGAGUCUGUGGAGUCUGCUUUGACGUUUUACAAAUAGGUGCAGAAUAA